CUCACUUUUGUUCUCAUCCGAAUUUCUUAAUUCUCCAACCUUUUUCUCCCAAUUUCUCUGAAAUUAAUAUUCAUUUUUAUACAAGAAAAUAAUAAUAAUAAAAAUAAUAAUAAUGGAAGAGAUAAAGCCGUCAAAAUUCAAAAAAGUUUGUGUAUUUUGUGGAAGCAGUUCUGGCAAGAAAUCUAGCUACCAAGAAGCUGCUCUUGAAUUGGCCAAUGAAUUGGUGGAUAGAAGGAUUGAUUUGGUUUAUGGAGGUGGCAGCGUGGGUUUAAUGGGUAUUGUUUCUCAGGCAGUUCAUGAUGGUGGGCGCCAUGUUCUAGGGGUCAUUCCAAAGAGCCUCGUUUCUAAAGAGAUAACCGGUGUAACUGUUGGGGAAGUGAAAACUGUAUCGAACAUGCACCAAAGGAAGGCUGAAAUGGCGAAACAAGCUGAUGUAUUCAUUGCGUUACCUGGUGGAUAUGGGACUCUUGAAGAGCUACUAGAAGUGAUCACAUAUGCUCAACUCGGAAUCCACCGAAAGCCUGUGGGUCUUUUGAAUGUGGAUGGGUACUACAAUUGCUUAUUGUCUUUUAUCGAUAAGGCCGUUGAUGAAGGCUUUGUCUCUCCAACUGCUCGUGGGAUCAUUGUGUCAGCUCCAACAGCCAAAGAAUUGUUUAGAAAGCUUGAGGAGUAUGUCCCGGAGAUCGAUGAAUUGUCGUCGAAGUUGAUCUGGGAAGAAGUGGAGAGGCCUAAUUAUGUCCAAGAAUCAGGCGUUACGACAUAACCAGACUCGUGGUGCUAGUACUGAUGGUGAAAAUGAUAAUGAAAAGUUUUUGGCAUACACAAAAGUACAGUAAUAUGUGAUGCUGGUAUAUGUGAUAAUGUUUAGUAGUAUAGGAAGGAUGUUGGGAGGGGGCCUUGGUUUUUUUGGGUACUUAUUGACAAAUUUUAUUGACCACCCCAUUUUGGUUGUAUACAUGACUUGGAAAAAAAAUGAAUGGUUUUUAACAUCAAGCUCAAUGAAAGAAGAAAAAAUUUAGCCCAACUCGUAUAUUUAACAGAUUUAAUUUUCUGUUUUAUUUAUUUU